AUGAAUCCUCGCCCAGGCGAUCCCUCGGAAGAGGCGGUGCAGCGGGAGCUCGAGGGUAGCGAGGGUGCGCGCUCGCAGUCUGCCGAUCCUGCGACGACUGGCGAGCUCGCGGACGCCGACGCGGAGAGCGAGGAGUACGCAGAUAGCGAGCACGCAGAAGGGCAAGGUGUAGGCGAUCCCUCGGAAGAGGCGGUGCAGCGGGAGCUCGAGGGUAGCGAGGGCGAGCUCGCGGACGCCGACGCGGAGAGCCAGGAGUACGCAGAUAGCGAGCACGCAGAAGGGCAAGGCGAUUCCUGGGAAGAAGAAGAAGAAGUGCAGAGGGAGCUCGAGGAUAGUGAUGGUGCGCACUCGCAGUCUGUGGAUCCUGCGACGCAUGGCGAUCUGGCAGACGCUGACCCGGAGAGCCAGGAGUAUGCAGACAGCGAGAACGCAGAGCGGCAAGCUGUAGGUCGUGAGAAGGGUGGCCGCAACCUCAAAGAGAGGGAAGGAAGGCUUGUUUGCUUCGCAGGCGAUCUGGCGGAAGAUGUGGAGGAGGAGCAGGAAGUGCAGCAGGAACCCGAAGACAAUGAAAUGGAGCGUCGGGAAGCUGCAGACGGUGACACGAUGAUCGGUGUGCUCCCGGAAGACGUAGAGCAGGAGCAGGAAGUGAUGCAGGAGCACGCAGACAUCGACAUAGAUGCCGAAGAAGUGCGUGCUGCGACGACAAGCGACCUCCCGGCAGAAGCCAAGAACGAGCAGCCUGAGCAGCAGGAAGACGCAGAGUCAGCACACGGACCAGGAGAUGCCCCGGAAGAAGCCAUACGACAAGAGCUGCACGAGCAUGAGAGUGCAGACGUGCAAGCUGUAGCUGAGACGCUGAGUGGCGACCUCGCCGAUGCAGAGCACGACCAAGUCGUGCAGCAGAGCGCGCCAGAAGAGGCGAAGACGGCGCCGAGCGGCCGCGCCCUUAGCAAGGAAGGCCCUGGCCCUGCCCCUUCUCGGCUCCUUCAAUGCUUUGGGCACCCUCUGCAGAGGCCAAGGCCAGCUUCCGGCAGAGGAGCCGCAGCAGGCCGCCACGGAGGCCCUGGAGACCUCCCAUACGAGCCGCGGCCUGAGAGCUGA